AUGCUCAGCUUCUCAUCUCGUUCGCACCUAGAGUUGCUGUUAGGAGUCAAUCAUUUCGAUUUGGACGUGGUCAGGACAGCUUGGCAAUUGGAAGUGUCUGGGUCCCCAUUUUCUGUGGUAUGGAGAAAGUUGAGAAAUAUCUCCCCGGCUCUUCAUAUCUGGAACAAGCAGGUAUUUGGGGAUGUGUUUGAGAAUGUUAAGAAGGGGGAAGAGGUGGUGGCGGCGGCAGAGUUGCGUGCACGGGCUGAUUUAUCCGUUGAGACCCAGUUGGAGCUCCAGCGGGCUCAGGCUAACUUGAAGAGGCUGCUAGCAGUUGAAGAGCAAUUUUGGAGUCAGAAAGCCAGGGUUAAGUGGCUGCAACACGGUGAUCGUAAUUCAAGCUACUUUCAUUUGGUAGUCAAGCAACGCCGUUUUCAGUCCAGAAUUCACAAGAUUCGGGAUUGGGUGAUGGACGAUGAAGGGAUCGGGAGGGAAGCUGUAAGGGCAAUUUUGAGUUUCUUCUGUGGUGCUGAACUACCUCGGUUCAUUACGGCUACGUCUAUUGUUCUUUUACCCAAGGUCAUGAAUCAUAAGGAUUUUACUCAAUUUCGACCUAUUAGUAUGAGUAACUUUUUGAAUAAAGUCCUUUCUCGAAUUUUGGUGGGGAGGUUGUCUGGUGUGUUGCCUCGAAUCAUUUCUCUUCAGCAGAGUGGCUUUGUUAAAGGACGGUCGAUUGUGGAUAAUUAUUUGUUGGCUCAGGAGCUGAUGUCGGAGAUGGGAAGGAAGUGUAGAGGAGGGAAUCUGGCUCUUAAGUUAGACAUGACUAAGGCGUAUGAUAGGGUUUCCUAG